UGGCGUGAAUAUCUAAAUACGAUACACAAAAAUCACAAGAUGAUUGAGGUAUGAUUUUAUAAUUUAUAUUGUUAUAUAUCAAAUAUUUUGUACCAAAAUUUCAAGCACGUCAAAUCGUGAGAAGACAACAAAACAGAUUGAAAACCCUUAAUUGUGUAAAAAUACUUUAUAUAUUGAAGAUUAAUAUCGAAGUAUAGGCAUGGAUCCAGAAUUUCUUUCUAGAUUAAUUCCUCAAAAUAAAGAGCAUGUGCGUCCUGCAUGCAAGAAAUGUGGUUAUGCUGGACAUCUUACAUAUCAGUGUCGUAAUUUUAUUAAAGUUGAUCCAAAUAAAGAAAUCGUCCUGGAUGUUAGCAGUACUAGCUCUGACAGUGAUGAAAAUUAUGUCACCCCUUUGACUGAAUUACGUGAAAAGGAAUUAAAAAGGAAACUUCAAGAGACCAAAAAGAAACACAAAGAGAAGAAGUAUAAGAAAAAAUCUAAAAAACACAAGAGGUCAGAGACAAGUGACAGUGAAUCAGAAACAGAAGCUUCCAGCGAUGAAGGCAAAAAAUGUAAACAUAAAAGGAAAAAGAAGGAAUCAAAACAUAAAAAACAUAAAAAACAUAAAAAAGACAAUUCAUCUAACAGCGAUAGUGAUGAUAAGUAAAGAUAGGAAGUUGCCUAGAACUGCUCAAUAAUUCUAAGAUUGUAAAUAUUUUGCACAAACUAUCAAUAUUAUGUACAUAAAUAAAAUUAUACCGUUUCUAAAUGA